AUGACUGAACUUGCCUCUGGCAUUGCACAAAAGAUCUUGGAGAAGCUAGGAUCCCUUGUUCACGAAGAGCUCCGCUUGGUUCUGGACAUCAAAAGCGAGCUGACAGAACUUGAGGCCACUGUGACAACCAUUAAAGCCGUGCUCUUGGAUGCUGAAGAGAAGCAAGCUAACAAUUGGGCGCUGAGCAUCUGGCUAAGACAGCUCAAAGAUAUAUUUUAUGAUGCCGAGGAUGUGUUGGAUGAAGUUGAGUGCCAAGUUUUAAGGAAGCAAGUGGUCACAACAUAUGGGAGCACUAGUAGAAAGGUAUGUGAUUUCUUUUCAUGUUUUCCUGCCCUUGCAUUUCGUUCUCAACUGGGUCACAAAAUCAAGAACAUUAGGGAGAGGUUGGGUAAGAUUACAGCUGAAAAGGAUAAAUUUAAUCUCGUUGAACGAGUUGAAGAUAGGUAUGUCAUGCACCGGAGGAGGGGCAUGACACACUCAUAUGUUCCUCCUUCAAAUGUCAUUGGUAGGGAAAAUGAUCAAAAAAAUAUAACAGAUCUUUUGAUGAAACAUGAUGCUAAUAGAAAUAAUGUCAAUGUAAUUUCUAUAGUUGGAUUAGGAGGGAUAGGGAAGACCACACUUGCUAAGUUGGCGUACAAUGAUAAACGUGUAGCUGAGCAUUUUGAAUUGAGAAUGUGGGUAUAUGUGUCUGAGGAUUUUGAUGUUACUAAAUUGAUAAGAGAAAUCAUUGCAGAAGUAGGUGUUAGAACUGAUGAAAAGUUGAGUACUCUAAAUGAGUUGCAAACCAACUUGAGAGAAAAAUUGAGGAAUAAGAGAUUUUUACUUGUCUUGGAUGAUGUUUGGAAUGAAGAUCGUAAUAAAUGGAUGGAAUUGAGAGAUUUGUUACUUGGUUGUUCUGAAGGAAGUAAAAUUUUGGUGACAACACGUAGUAAUAAGGUUGCUUCCAUUAUGGGCACAGUUUCCACACACAAUUUAAAAGGUUUAUCCGAAAAGGAUUCUUUGUCUUUGUUUAGAAAAUUUGCAUUUAAGGAUGGGGAAGACAAAAAAUAUCCAAACCUCUUAGAAAUUGGAAAAGAAAUUGUGGAAAAAUGCAAAGGAGUUCCAUUGGCACUAAGGACUUUAGGCAGUCUACUUUUCUCAAAGCUUGGUGAACGAGAGUGGCAAUUUGUGAGAGAUAAUGAGAUAUGGAAAUUAGAACAACAGGAGGAUGAUAUUUUACCUGCAUUAAAACUAAGUUACGAUCAAAUGUCAUCUCACUUGAAGCAAUGCUUUGCUUUCUGUUCUCUUUUCCCAAAGGAUCAAGAAUUCGAUAGUGGUGAGUUGAUUUCAUUUUGGAUGGCACAUGGACUCCUUAACAAAACACUCAAUAGUCAAGAGUUGGAAGAUGUUGGCGACGUGUAUUUCAAGGAGUUGUGGUCGAGAUCUUUCUUCGAAAAUGUUGAGAAUGAACUAUGGUACUACAGGUAUAGGUUUAAAAUGCACGAUCUUGUCCAUGACCUUGCACUCAAGGUUGCUGAAGAAGAGUGUUCAAUAGUCAACUUCUACACCCAAAAUAUUCCUAGAACAGCUCGUCAUUUGUCAUUUUUACAAAAUGGUCGACAAGUUCCAAGUUACUUUUACAAGUUAAGUAGUGGUGUGCGGACCGCUCUGUUCCCAAUCGAGCAACAAGUGUCGACCUUAGUUGAAGAAUGCAUCUUGAAAUUCAAGUGCUUGCGGGUGCUUGACUUAAGCUUAUCAUCGUUUGAGGUGUUGUCAAGCUCUAUCGAUACUUUGAAGCAUUUGAGAUAUUUGAGCCUAGCUUGGAAUGGCAGUAUCAAGAAACUUCCUCAUUCCAUUUGCAAUCUGUACAAUUUGCAAACUUUGCUACUUCAUGGGUGUGAGCGACUUGAGCGGUUGCCCAAAGAUACAACAAAGAUGAUCCGUCUUAGAAUCUUUGUUUCAAGGGAUAUCGAUGGACGGGAGCCUUACUAG